AUGGGGAGGCUAAGAGCAUUGGUUUACGUCAGCCUCACCUGUCAAAUACUUCUUAUUGUUCUGGGAAAUCGCAGAAAGUGUAUUCCCCGAAUUUGGAUCAAAGCGGUAGUCUGGUCUGCCUACUUGCUCGCAGAUUCUGUAGCAACCAUUGCCCUUGGCAUACUCUUAAAUGACCUCGGAGAAAUCUAUCACAAUCGUGGCCAUGCUGACAAAAACACGGAGGUUACUGCAUUUUGGGCACCAUUUUUUCUUUUGCAUUUGGGUGGCCCUGAUACUAUUACAGCUUAUGCCUUAGAAGACAAUGAAUUGUUCUUACGCCACGCAUUUCAACUAAUUGUCCAAACACUGGCAACAAUAUUAAUCUUUCUCACGGCAUGGAAUGGUUCUCAUCCUUCACGUCUCGCAAUUCCAAUGAUUAUUGUUGGUUUCAUCAAGUACGCAGAGAGGACUCUUACUCUUUGGUUAGCAAGCAGUAAUCGACUUAGAGACUCUAUGCUCUCUCCUCCUGAAGCUGGUCCCAAUUAUCACAGAUUCAUGCAUGAGUACUGUUUGAAACAUGCCGAGGGGUACAUGUUGAAGACAGAAGAGAUGCCUGAUGCGGUAGCAAUUACAAUAGACACACCUGAAUCUCAAGACAAUUUCACUUCUGAUGAUAAAAUUAAACACGCACAUGCAUUGUUUCAAUUGUUCAAGCGUCUGCUAGCAGAUCUCAUCCUUAGCAACCAAGAGCGCGAGACGAGUCAAUCUUUAUUUCAUAAGAUGAAAAAUUACAAAGAUGUUUUUGAUGUGAUCGCCAUUGAACUGGGGUUCAUGUAUGAUUUGCUAUACACCAAGGCCACAAUAAUUACUACUGUUCGUGGUCUUGCUUGCCGCUUUAUCUCUACUCUUUUAACCUGCGUUGUGUUGGGGAUUUUUUAUUCUGCAGAGAAGCAGAAUUAUCAAAAGGUUGACAUUUAUAUAACCUACUCGUUGCUAUGGGUAGCUAUUGGUCUAGAAAUAUAUGCUGCUCUUGUUCUAGUCCUCUCAGACCAGUCCAGAAUUUGGUUCAUUAAGCACAAGGAGAUUGCCAUCUUAUUAAAACCCAUACAGCUUUUGGAACCAGUUAUAAAACCAUCACGGUGGUCAAAUCUCAUUGCGCAAUACAGUUUUACAAGGCAUUGUUUUGAAGAGAGACCUGGUUACUACAAAGUCCUGAAGCACAUCCACGUGCUUAAACUAUGGGAGAAGCAUCAAUAUAACUUCCACAUCCAACUUCCCGAAGACUUGAAAGAGAUGAUAUUCAAACAUGUCAAGAGUAAACUUGAAGAAUUUGAGAAGAAACUUGAAGAAUCUGAGAAGAGACAAGGAAACGACAGUAAUCUUAGAGACUUAAACACAAGAGGAAGCCGCGUUCUUAAAAAAUAUAACGAGCUUAUUCCUUCUUCGGUUCAUGAUCUUGAAUGGAGUGUUAAGGACGUUGAGUUUGACCAAAGCAUCCUUAUCUGGCACAUUGCAACAGAACUCUGCUGCGUUUACUCAAAUAAUAGGGGAAGCAUUUCAGCUGAUAUCAAAAAGAAUUGUGAUAUGAGCAGUGUCUUGUCAAAUUAUAUGAUGUAUCUCCUAGUUAUGUAUCCUUCCCUGUUGCCAGUUGGGAUAGGCCUAAUCAGGUUACAGGAUACUCGAGAGGAGACCAUGAAAUUUCUCAAAGAACGAGGGUUUGAUAAAAAGAAAAAAAUUGAAGAAAAUAAGAAUGUAGCUUGGAAUAUGUUAUUGGGAGUGAAAACUCACGUAAAGCCUAUCAAAGUGAAAGGAGACAGAUGCAAGUCCGUUUUAUUUGAUGCUUGCAGUGUGGCAUCGGUAAUAAAUGGAAUUUCAGAAGAAAAAGUUAAAUGGGAGAUGGUUAGAGAUGUUUGGUUGGAGAUGUUAACUUAUGCAGCAAGUGAAGGAAGAGGAAGUGAACAUGGUAGUCACCUGAGACGAGGGGGAGAGCUCCUCACUCAUGUCUGGCUUCUUAUGGCAAAUUUUGGUAUAAGUGAGCAGUUUCAGAUAUCGAAAGGUCAUGCAAGAGCUUAUCUAAUUGCUAAAUAG